AUGCCUCCGAAACCGUCAGUGAAGGGAGCGAAGAAGGCUGUCAAAUCGCACAAAGCGAGGGGCGGGGAUAAAAAGCGUCGUCCUCGGCGUAAGGAGUCUUACUCUGCGUACAUCUAUCGAGUCCUGAAACAAGUACAUCCAGACACGGGAAUAUCUUCAAAAGCGAUGUCAAUUAUGAAUUCGUUUGUCAACGAUGUCUUCGAGCGCAUCGCAGCCGAGGCAAGUCGUCUUGCACAUUACAACAAACGGUCAACCAUUUCAUCGCGUGAGAUCCAAACUGCAGUACGUCUCAUUUUGCCAGGUGAACUGGCAAAGCACGCGGUGUCAGAAGGCACAAAAGCGGUAACCAAGUACACAAGACUGCUAAGAGAUAUUGACGGUCAUGAGGUAGUAGAUGAGAAAAGUCCCUCAUCAACUGCAUUUUUAUUUAAUAUGAGGAGCCCAUAUUUGCUAUCGUUUGCAGGCAUAUUGAAAAAUUAUCCCGCCGUAGGAGGUGUCAUCAAUGUUGUGUGUCUCAGAGAGGUUGCAGCUGUAGCAAUGUCAGGACGUGGUAAAGGAGGCAAAGGACUAGGAAAAGGGGGAGCGAAGAGGCAUCGCAAGGUAUUGCGUGAUAAUAUCCAGGGGAUCACGAAGCCAGCUAUACGGCGCUUGGCAAGACGAGGCGGCGUGAAGCGCAUCUCUGGUUUGAUAUACGAGGAAACCCGCAGUGUGCUAAAGACAUUUCUGGAGAAUGUUAUCCGUGACGCAGUUACUUAUUGUGAACACGCCAAAAGGAAGACCGUUACUGCUAUGGACGUAGUCUAUGCAUUGAAACGACAAGGCCGUACACUCUAUGGUUUUGGUGGUUGA